UCCUGCUCCUCCCAGCUCAAAGAUGGCAGCCUCGGGACAGAGAUGAGAGACGACACGAAUUUAGGAGUUUUGUCAUGAAACCACAUCGGGGUGCACAGCUGUUACGUCCGUGGUUUUAACGUGACAGCGACAUAAUUCGUCAACGCCAAUGUGUCGUUUCGCGAAGCCAAUUAGAGGAUUCAGAAAGAUCAUGUUUGUUCUGUGGGCUAAGCUAGCAAGCGACGGUUAGCAAAUACAUGAUCGUGCCUCGUCUGCCGUACAAGAAGCAAGCAGCUGCUCUGCAUACGGCGUGUUGACAUUUUGCAAGCUCAAAUCCAUCAUGGCCAUCACUCAGUUCCGUCUUUUCAAGAUCUGCACAUGUCUAGCCACCUUACUCUCUUUCUUUAAAAGGUUGAUAUGCAGGACUGGAAGGGGUCGCAAGCUCAGUGGAGAUCAAAUAACUCUCCCAACAACAGUGGAUUUUUCUUCCUCUGUUCCAAAACAGGCAGAGGUUGAACAAUGGAGCUCUUGGGAUGAAGAUGCUCCUACGAGCAUUAAGAUUGAAGGUGGCAACGGAAACGUUUCCCCGACAGGCAACGAGAUGGACGAAGAGCCCGACUACUUCAAGGACAUGACUCCCAACAUCAGGAAAACACAGAAGGUAUGUCCACAGACAGAGUAG